AUGGGGAUAUCCAACUUGCUACAAUUUUUGAAGCCCAUAAUAAAGAACUCACAUAUCAGCAAAUAUAAAAAUGAAGUCGUUGGUGUCGAUAUAAUGUGCUGGAUACACCGUGGGUUAAUUAGUUGUGCUUAUGAUAUCGUGACCGAUCAAUAUAAUGAUAGUUAUUUAAAUUUCAUUGAGAAAAUGUUAGUACCAAUAUAUAAUCAUAACAUAAAGGUUGUAUUUGUUUUUGAUGGAGAGGAAUUACCUGAGAAAAAAAAAGAAAAUAUGAUAAGAAAGAAUAGAAGAGAAAAAGCAAAAAUGGAAUUACAAGAAAUAAUUAGCAAAGUAAAAAAUCCAAGAACUAAUGAAAUGGUUUUAAAGAAAUGUAUACAAGCUAUAAGUGUUUCUAAAGAAAUAAUUGAUAGUGUAAAAGAAUUCUGUAGAAAAAAAAAUAUUGAUUAUAUAAUAUCUCCUUAUGAAGCUGAUGCUCAAUUAUCGUAUUUAUGUAGAAUGGGAUUUAUAUCAUGUGCUAUUAGUGAAGAUAGUGAUUUAUUAGUUUAUGGUUGCCCUAGGGUAUUAUAUAAAUUAAAAAAUACUGGUGAAUGUAAUGAAAUUAGCUUAAUGCCCAUUAAUGAUCUUAUUGAUUGGAAUGUAAUUAAUAAAAUAAAGAAUCCAUUAUCUAAUAGUUAUAAUGAAUUUUAUAUUACACCUAUUAAAAAAUUACAAAAUUCAGAUGAUUAUGAUUCAGAUAUAUCAUUAGAUGAAGAAACUUCCGUUGAAUGUAUUAAUAAUGAUUCAUAUGUUCAAAAUAAUAAUGAAUUUAUAAAUAUAUCAAAAAAAACUAAAAGUAUAGUAAAUAGUAAUAAUAACAAUAAGAAAAAAAAAAAAAAAAAAAACAAAAACAAAAAAAAAACAAAUAAAAAAAAAAAUAUGCAAAAAUCAAAAUGUGAUAAUAUAAUUAAACAAUAUAUUCAACAAUUUGAUUGGCCUGAAGAAUUAUUUAAAUUACAAUAUUUUAAUAUAGAUAUGUUUCUAACUAUGUGUGUUCUAAGUGGAUGUGAUUAUAGUAAUGAUUUUCAUAUAACUGGUAUGGGUAUAAAAACUGCGUAUAACCUAAUAUUCCAACAUAAAAAUAUUGAAAAUAUAUUUCAUUUUCUUAUAUCUAAUGAUAGAUGGAGAAAUAAAAUACCAGAAAAUUUAAAUACAUUCGAUAAAUUAAUGAAUACAUUUCAAAAAAUUAAAAAUGCAUUUCUAAAUCAUCAAGUUUAUGAUUUUAUAUUGCGUAAAAAUAUUCCAAUUAAUGAAUCUUUUAAAUCAUCCUUUGUAAAUAAAAAUAGCCAUUUCAUUAUUCAACAAAUAACAGAGGCAUCUUUAUUAUAUGAUCCACUAUUAAAAAUUGAUAACUGUUUAAAUAUCUAUCCACAAUUAAAUGACAUCCCAUUGAGUUCCCCACAAAUACAGGACGAUGAUUAUAAUAAAAAUGAUGACACACAUAAUAAAGGUGGUGAUGAUAAUAUUAAGAUAAAUCAUGACACACAUAAUAAAGGUGGUGAUGAUAAUUUUAAGAUAAAUCAUGAUACACAUAAUAAAGGUGGUGAUGAUAAUUUUAAGAUAAAUCAUGAUACACAUAAUAAAGGUGGUGAUAAUUUUAAUAUAAAUACUGUUAAUUGUUCUUUUUAUAAUAACCAUCAAAUUUACACACAAUCAUCGAAGUCACCAUCCUUUGAAAAUAUUUUUAAAGAUUUUACAUCUGAAUGUUUUGAAUAUCUAGAAAUUUCUCCCCCAGCAUUCAUAGAUCCUCAAAAUAAUAAUAUUCAAAAUAAUUCCAAAAAUGAAUAUUUUCAUAAUAUAAUAACACAAGAACAAGUAAUUCAACAAGCAGAUGUAUGUCCUCCACUCAUUCAUAAAGAUACUAACAUAUCAAACGAAAUAAAUGAUGAAUAUCAUCAUCUCAUUUCAGAUAUAACAUAUAAUGAAUAUAAAAACAAAACAAUAGAAAAUUGUAAUGAACGUAUUAAUAAAAGAAAAACAGAUGAUUGUAUAUCAUCAUUCAAUUUAAAAAAAAAAGUGAAAACAACCUCAGCCCAUACCUCUUCCAGUAAUUCACAAGAUAAUUUAACAAUACAACAUAUAGAAGCACUUGAUUGUAAUAAUCAAAAUGUUAAUGAUAACGAAGAAAAGAAAAAUAUAUAUGAAAACAGUUGUAAUUAUGAUGAAACCUUUAAUUCGGAACGUGUGAACAUACUUUCGAUGUAUGAUAAUAAUUAUCAAAUGUGGGAAAAGAAGGAUGACCUUUUGAAAAACAAUAACAAUUCUUUCCAUUCUAAUAAUAUAAUGGAAACAUAUAAUGAUCAUUACAUAAAUAAAACAUAUGAUGAACAUAGUAAUAAUAAAGUUAAUAUAAAUAUAUGCGAUGAUAUCACUACUACUAAUAAUGAUCAUAAUGAAGAAAUGCUUGAUGAAAAAAAAGAAUUUGCUCAAAUAAAAAGUGCUAAAAAUAUUUACGAAAAUAUGAAAAAAAACUUUUUUCUUUUUAAAACAUUAAAUGAAGAUAUGAACACGCCUAUUAAAUCUUUAAAUGUUAAAGGGAAAAUGAAUAUGCAGGAUAAUUGUGAACAAGAUGAUAAAGUGGGAAAUCUGAAAAGUGAUAAAAUGACAGAACAAAAUGAAAAAUGUGAUAAUAUAUCAAAUGAAAAAUGUGAUAAUAUAUUAAAUGACAAAUGUGAUAAUAUAUUAAAUGACAAAUGUGAUAAUAUAUUAAAUGACAAAUGUGAUAAUAUAUCAAAUGAAAAAUGUGAUAAUAUAUUAAAUGACAAAUGUGAUAAUAUAUCAAAUGAAAAAUGUGAUAAUGUGCCAAAUGACAUAUGUGAUUAUGUGCCAAAUGACAUAUGUGAUUAUGUGCCAAAUAAUACACCCAAUCUUAUAACGAAUUGUAUACAAAAUAAAAUGACCACCUUAUUACAAAUAACAGAAGAAAAUUCAUUAAAUAGCUAUAACAAAAAUGAUACAAGUUUUAAUAAAGAUUUCCAUAUAAAUAAAACAUACUUAAAUAAGAAAGAUACUGAAAUUAAUUUUCAAAUAAAUGAAAAAAAAAAAAAUGAUCUGUUAAGAAACCCUUUAGAAGAAAGUAGAAAAUCUUCCCUUACAUCUUAUAAAAAUAAAACUCCUUCAAAAAAUGUUAAUUCUAAAAGCCAAUUAAGGAUCACUAGUUUUUUUAAAAGGAUAGAUAAAAAAACAAAUGAAAAUCAUAACAUGCAUAAUAGUACACAAAAAAUAUGUAAUGAUCAUAAUAAUAAUCCUAAUGAUAAUAUACAAAAUGACAAAUUUUAUAACAAUAUAUAUAUGAAUUCACCAAUAAACUAUUCUGUAGAAUAUUCUGAAGAAGAUUACAUAAACUCUUUUAAUGAUAACUAUUCAGAUAUGAAAACCUUUCAAAAAUUAAAAAAAAAAACAAAAAGAAAUAUUAAAAAUACACCUCAAAGUUAUAGUAUUAAAGACCAUUUUGCCGUUUCGUUACAAAGUCAAGAUAAAAAUGAUAAAUUAAGUUUUACCAAUUAUAAUUCCUUAGAAAAAGAUAUAUUUUUAAAUCAAGGUGAAAAAGAGUUACAAUUUAAUCAUAAUUCAAUUAAUAAAGAAAAAAAUCAAAAUAAACAUUUACAAAUAUCCUCCUUAACAAAUCAUGAUAAUAUUAUAAUGAAUAAUCAUACAUCAAAUUUAAAUACACAACAAAAUGAGAAACAAAGUUCAAAUCAUAAUACAAUUAUAAUCCACUCAAAUAAUCAUCAACCAAAUUUCACUAACGAAAAUGUAAAAUCUAAUAAUGUAUCCACUGAACAAGAUACAUAUAAUAAACAUAUCACUGUACUCAAAUCCACAGAGAAAUUACAAAAUCAAAGUAUAGAAAAAAAUAAAGAAACUUCACAAAAAAUUAAUGUGGAAUAUAUACUUCAAAAUCUUAAUUAUAACUAUCAGCCAAAAAAUCAAAAAAUUAAUACUUUUGAUUAUUUCAAGGAGAAGGAAAAUGUUAACCAUUGUAAUCCUUACAUUGAUCAUAAUUUAUAA